AUGAUGUUUCCGAACAACUUGAACCUCCGGCCAUCAGCCAUAGUACUGCCGGAGAUCACUGGAAAUUGGGAGCUGAAGCAUACUCUGAUCCAGAUUUUGCCCAAAUACAGUGAUAUGCCCGGAGAGGACCCUCAAAGACAUCUCCAAGACUUUCAGAUGGCAUGUGGAACGGUGCGCACCGCCAGUCAAGCACUUGGCGAAUACAUCCGACUCCUUACCUUUCCGUUCUCUCUGUUAGAAGGAGCGAGGGAGUGGUUGUAUGAUUUACCCGAAGGAAGCAUUCGGACCUGGCAGGAGUUGCAGAGCAAGUUUUUGGAAAAGUACUUCCCAGCUGCCCGGAUCCAAAAUCUGAGGACUCGAAUAAGCAAUAUAAAGAUGGGAUCGGCAGAAGUCCUAUAUGAGUACUGGAAAAGGUUCAAGCAGAUGCUGGCUAAAUACACACAACACCAAAUACCGGAUCAUGAUCUUAUUCGGUAUUUCGUGGGAGGACUCCGAAGGCAAGAUAGGCAAUGGCUACACGCUGCAUGUGGAGGAUCAAUCUUAAACAAAUCUGCAGCGGAAGCUUUCAAGCUCAUAGCCGACAUGGCAGAGAAAUCGAGAGAUGAGGAAGGGACUAUAGUCAGAACCACUCCGGUGCCGGCUCCCACUGCCCAAAACGAUAAGUUGGACAAGCUGUGCAACAUGUUCGAGAAGUUUAUGACGAACCAAGGAGCACCCAAUCAAGGAAUUCCCAACAUUCAGAAACCUGUGAAGGCAUGUCAGUUUUGCAUGGCGACUUCACAUGCAACCGAUGAAUGUUCACAACUUUUCGAAGAUGAAGAGCUUAAUGCUAUUGGACAAUCACCAGAAGGAAACAAUGGAGGGCAAAACCAGAAACCUUUUGAGCCUUACAGACAGCAGUAUAACAAUCAAGGAUAG